AUGGCUACCGCAAUUUCAAAGCCCACCUCGCAUCCCCCGAAGAUGAAGCGGCCGCCCCCGCCUUUCCCCCAGGCCGGGGUCAACGGAGUCAAGGCUCAACCACUCUCAUCUUCUCCACCCACCACUUCCCAGCGCCUUCCUGGGGGCAUGUCUGCAGGCUCCAGUCCCAAUCUCACCAACGGUGUGCUCAAUGUGGCGAAUGGCGCCAAGGGUCCCCUGAACCGAACCAGGAAUAUGUCGCAGAGACCCGGAGAUCCAGCUACACGGGUCACACGAGGGGUGACGAGGACAAGCUCACUAGGAAAUGAUAAUCGGGUUGGGAAAAGGUGCCCCGAACCAUAUGUCAAAACUACAUCUUACAUUCUUAAGAAAUAUUCCAACUGCCCGCCGUCUCUCAUUGUGCAUCUUCACCCUACGCAUUUUCGAUUCGAGCAGCAAGAUGGAAGUUUCCCUUACAAUUCGGAGAUGAAGGUGAUCAUUGAACACAUCCGCCAGGGAACUGUGCCCCAUGAUCUGAUCGAAGAGCUUCUUCGGUCUGGGGUGCGAUUCUACGAAGGCUGUCUCAUCGUUCGCGUAGUGGACCACAAGUCCGUAUCUGCGCAGACGAGGAAGACUUCCGCGACGACCACAAAUGAAAACAAUGUCCCUUUCUCUCUUCACAAUUACAAUGAGCAUGUUACCCCAUCAGCAUAUGUUCCGUACCCAAAGCAGAACCAGCUCACCACCGACUUGCAAAGUUCCAAAUCGGCUGAAGCGGCGACAAGUCAAACUGAUGGCCAAAGGGAUGGUGAGGCCUCCGAGUCUCAAGGCCAAGGGACUGACAGAAGCCAGCAAAACGCUGUUCUAAAGCCGCGAGUGUUCACUACUGUUCUUCACCCGACUUCCCGUGUGUUGCAGGCUGAAUUAACACUGCUUGUUACUACCCCUGAUCCCAAAGCUGCGAACGCGAUGAUUCAGAAUCAGUUUCUUCGCACUAAUUCCUCCUCUGUUGUGCCUCAGUCAUCAAGUGGUCAGCACGACCGGGGACAUGUCGCAAAACGACAGAAGACUCUAGUCGAGCCGCAAGAGCUCCCGGAGUGUGAAGCAUUGCUCAUUCGCGCUUUGGCUCCGCCUCUUUACUUGGGCACAGUAGACAGUUUUGAGGCCUCACAAGACUUGCUGAAGUCCUUGGAGAGCCCUCUCCACAACGAUCCGCCACCAUCGCCCAAGCGCCGCAAGAGAACCAUUGCCGAGCUCGCUGCGGACGAGGCUCUUGCUGCUGAAGAGGAGAGAUUCAUGCUUAUCAUGGACGAACGCCUCGAACCUACCACUUCGGGCGCCGGUACUGGUUCCAAGGCUGCUGCCGUGGAUGAUACAGCGGGCGUUGCAGCAUUUGAACCACGAUUCUCUCGCUUCAAGACCCUUGAGACUAUCCGGAUGCAGCAUGAGGAGAAGGCCAAGCGCGAACAUGAGAUCAAGAUGAAGCAAGAAUUAGCCAAGAGACAGCAGCAGGAACAAGAAAAGGAGCGUCGCAAGGCCAUUGAGGCACGACAGGCCGAGGAACACACCCGAGAAGAAAUUCGGAGGCAGCAGCUAGCUGCGCAACAGGCACAGGCGCAGAUCGCUGCCCAGCAAAAUCGCCAUGUCAUGGCACAUCCCAACGGUGUCAGUCAAGGACAACAAUCCUCCCCUGUUGUACGCCACCAAACUCCACACAACAUGUCGUCGCCGCUGGUCGGUAACAACAUGGCGCCACAGUCUGUUCCCAUGGCCAUGAGUGCAUCCCAGCAAUCAGGAAGCCCACCUCGACCUCCAUCCUCUCUCCAACAUGCGCAUCCUAACAUGAUGGGCCACCCGAUGGCACCCUCAAGAAGCCAGCAAGGACCGAGCCGAAACGGAACCCCUCAGAUGACACAAGGCACGCCGGCCAUGUCACACGCCACACCGAUCAUGCGCAAUGUUACCCCAACCCAGCGAAUGAAUCAGGGCAGUCCGAACCACGCCAAUAUGGGCCAAACUCCGAUGAUGAACCAGGCCGCGAUGGCCAACACGCCGCAGAUGAAUGGCAACAAUCUUGCACUCAACCCGCACCACCAGAUGAUGCUCGCACAGCGACAACAACAGCAGCAGCAGCUCCUUGCACAACAGGGACACAUGGGCGCCGGGGCCAAUCAGUUCUCGCAGCAACAGCUUGCUCAAAUGCAAGCUAAUAUGCACGCUCAGCAGAAUAUCCAGUCGCAUCAGCAGCAACAGCAGGCGCAAAUGAUGCAAGCGCAGCAGUCACAGCAGCAAAACGCCCAGAAUAUGCAGAAGGUUCCCCAGCACAACCAGCAAGCAUACCAGGCGCAGCUCAUGCGCGCGCAGUUCGCUCAAAUGCAGAUGGUUAAGCAACAAAAUGGCCAGAUGCCACAAGGCCAGGCAAAUCAGCAUGCUGGCAGUCCGCAAAUGUCCCAGCAACAACAGCAGCAGCAGCAACAACAGAUGUUGAUGGCGGCUGCUCAGGCCAACGGAGGGCAAAUCCCACCGAACAUGCAAGGUGCCAAUAUGGCGCAGCGAUACAAUCGACUCUACCAGCAACGGUUACUACAUCUUCGUCACGAGAUGUCACAGCGGUAUUUGCAACAAUACGGACCACCAAAUCAGUACCCGCCACAGAUUGCACAGCAAUAUGGUGCUGGCCUGGAGAAGAAUGCCAAGGCCUGGGUUCAAGAUCUUAUGCGACGCGAGCGGGAAGCUGCCCAGCAACAUCGGGCAACCCAGGCUGCAAUGCAGGCCCAGCAGAUGCAGCAGCAAAAUAUGAUGCACAAUGGGAUGGGCAAUUAA